GUUUAGUUCGACAUCGCGAUCCGACCGAUUUUGUGUUUUUCUCGCGAUCGUUUUAGUGUAAAUUAUUAAAUCUGAUUUCUUCUCCCAGUCGUUUUAGUUUUGUGCAAAUGCGACCUCGCGAAAUCGAACUUGAACUUCGACUCAAUCCCGAAACGAACCUGUACGAAGCGAAUGUUUUGUAAGCAAAAAAAUGUGAAAUGAGUUCAUGACCUAUCAGCGCGACAGCGAUUUUGAGUGAUGAUCAAUACGAUAACGACUUCGAACAACGACUUUAACGAGAUAGAAGCAAACGUGUUGCACUCGUUUCCGGUAGUAAUAGCUUAAUGUCGUGUUACUCGUUGGUUCACGUGACUCAUCGGAAGUUUUUAGUGGCGCAGUAGAUUUUACUAAUAAUGUGUUUAAGCCGGUGGGUAAAAAUAACCCAGUGACACAAGCACUAACGUCCGCAAGAGCAUUCUGGACGGUGGAUGAUUUGAAGCUGCAUAAGUAUGUGUGUGAGGGGUGGCCGAGUUAAGCGAAUUAUAGGGGAAGCUCUACUGGCCUUUACAGACAACCUUGUGUUUUGUGUUACAUUUUUAAGUGGACUCUAGCCACAUUAAUGGGUAGUAUUCAACAGAUGACGUGCAUAAAAAAAGUGAACUGUGCAUCUUUUGAUUAAUCGUUACCUUGUAUACCGAGGAAAGCAUAUCGCAUUGUUUCGACGACAUUAUACUCGUGAUGAAAAUAAAAUCCAGUAAAACAUCCGAAAAUAAAAAUUAGUGCCAUUGGACCCGAUCCAGCAACUACGUGAGACAGAUAAUUUUUCCUUUUACCCAAUAUCAUAAUGAAAUACGUGGUUUGAAACACAUAAGUGUCCUUAAUGUGAAAUAAAUGUAUACCGAAAAUCUGUGUGUCUUAUGAGAAGAUUAAACCAACAAUAGGUGCAUUAUUUCAGUGUAGUGUCAUAAUCUUAGAAGAUUUUAAGCCGGUUAUCAAAGUGCAAAAGUGUGCUAUGGAGUUCAGAUCAAUGAGCAUUCGUCGGUUUUCCCUUUUUAGUUCUGUUUAUUUCUGCUUUGCGGACGCUACCGCCGACGUCGGCCCAGAAAAUGCUCGCUAUGCGUCGCGAAAGUGAUCAGAUCUUCAGUGGAAGUGCCAGCGCAAUCAAUCACACAAGCAGCUACAAUCAGCACUUGCUUCCGUCCCACACCACUAGUAGCGCUAGUGUUAGCGCAAGCAGCAGCGCGGGUCAUCCCACCAACAGUGCGCUUUCAUCCCAUUUGAACCCCACCAACAGCAGUGGCAGCUUAGUAGCAAGUAGCAGCAGUGCUUCGAGUGUUAGUGCAAAUCACGGUACAACUGCCGUGAUUGAGUCGGCUCCAGCCUUAGUCGGAACCAACAGUGCUAGUCCCACCGUUCAAUCUCAAUUAUCAUCAACGCCUUAUCAUCACCAUCUCCAUCAUCACUAUCAUCACCACCAACAACAACAGCAGCAGCAGCAGCAGCAGAUUCAGUCGGCCUCAUCACAUCAUCACCACCACCAUCUGGGCGUUGGCCAUAAUUUCAACGGACUAAGUGCUGGAACUUCGGCCGCCUUCGGGAGUUACAACAGUUUCGGAUCUGGAAUAAAUAACCGUGCCAAUCCAAGUGCCAGUCUCGACGAGUACGUCGAUAUCCUCCAAGUCCAGCAGCUUCUAUUGGAGAAUUCUUCUAAUCCGCCCCCAGCGGGAACGACGCCCAUCACAACGUCCAUCAUUAACAGCUGCAACAGCACGUCCACCGGAACCACCAACUCUACGACCACAUCGUCUGUAUCCUGUUCUGCCAUUGGUGGCACACCAUCCACGUCUACUUCCGUCUCCACCGUCGGUAUCGCCUCCGGUGCCGCUCUGUUCAACGGAUCUUCCAAGAACCGACCAAAGGUCAAUUUGCAGAAAGCUUCCGAAUACUCGGCGGCAGCGAAUCAGCUUCAAGGCGAAUCACCGUCCAAGCGACUGCUUUUUGAUUAUCCGAGUCCAUAUUUGUAUGGUAAUUAUCAUCCGUCGCCCAGUGACGAUCUGGUCGCUUUAUGGUUUGGAAGUAACGGAACAGGUGGCGUUGCCCCUGGACCACCAGCAGCUGCCAUGAUCAUGGAAGGGCUUGAAACCUUGGUUGCGCCACCGCAUCACACAUUCCUACUGACAGAAUCAGCAGCAGCGGCGCACUUCAACGUACUCAGUUUCGACACCUGUGGCUUGUUCAAGACCGCAGCCACAACAACAUCGUUGGGUUUGAACAACAACAACUCCGCAACACCCAACAACAAUCAUCAUCAUCUGUACCAUCCGUAUCACCACCAGACGCACACGGCCGCUACCCAUCACUCCCAGACGGCAACUCAUCACCACCACACGGUUCAAACUCCCAACAGCAGCAGCAGCAAUAGCAACAACAACAAUACAUCCACCUCUUCCUCCUCCAUCACUACCCAGACAACCUCAACUACGUCAACCACCAGUAAUUCCCAUCAUCCGCAUCUGAGUCUCCUCAGCACAACGGCAGCCAGCACUCACCACUCCUCCGACUCGAACCUGCACCAGUCCUCAGACGAUCACUCCCAGUCCCAGGGUGACGCUCAAACCGGCGAUCUCAAUACACCCGUCACGACUUCCGGGGACAUCCCGUCCUUCUUCGGGCCGUCGACCGUCGUCGAGCCACCGCCGAUUACAGGAUCAAUAGAGUCGGACGAUCUUUCGCUGGAACCUCAAACCGUGUCUAGUCCGUGUGUAAGUUUGUGCAGUCCGACCAAACAGGAACGUAGCACCCCGCACUCGGUGGUUAUCGAGGAAGAGGCCAGCAAUACCAGCAGUAACGCAAUGUAUCCUUCCUCUUCAUCGCACCACCAGCCGGGGACACAUUCAGCGACCCAUCACAGUAGCGGCAGCCAGGAAAUGCAUCAUCACGAUCAAUCAACGGAGGUCGAGGAGAGCCGGAUCUCCUAUCGGGGUAUCUUCACCACAACUGCCGGAAGCAGUAUGGGUUUGCAGACGGCAACCGGUUCACAGCUCUCGAUUAUGACAGGUCAAAUGUCUCCCACAUCCGGGUUGAGUGGGUGGGGCUUACCAAGUCCCGACAAAAGCCUAUUCCAGCCACCGAUGUUCGGACUUCUUGGUCCAGGGCCUCAGAGCUCAGCACAGGUACACUUUGCCUCAGCUCAACAAUCCGCUGCAAAUUCUGCACAGACUCCGUCACCAGCAGGACACCACCAGCAUUCGUCUCACCACUACAGCACUGACGAACGUACCCAUCAACCCAUCGAACUUCUUGGUCUAAACAUGGACUGUCCCAGCAUAAUUCUCAAGCAGCCUCCAAGCUAUGCUAGCUGCGUGUCUUCGCUCGAGAUGCAAGCUCAGCAGCAACAGGCACAAGAAAUGCAUCAGUAUUCCCGCAGUCAAGGCCUCAGUAUGGGUCAAACCCCCAAAUAUCAGUGGCUCGACUCACCCGUCGAGUACGGCAGCCCCCAACACAAUGUAGUCAUCCCCGGACCAUCCUCAACCUCCUCCACCGGUAUCAUCCCCAAACAGGAACCAUACAGCUCAUCACAGUGUCCAGACGUGAGUCAACUCAGUCAGCUAACUCCUCAACAACAAGCUCAAUACGCCGUACAGCUAGCGGAGUACAAUCCCUCUACUAGCAAAGGGCACGAAAUUCUCAACCAGGUCUACCAGCAAAGUCCAAUGCCACUGAAGCUAGUCCCCGUGAAGCCUCGAAAGUAUCCCAACCGACCAAGCAAGACACCAGUGCACGAGCGACCUUAUGCCUGCCCCGUAGAGAACUGCGAUCGGCGUUUCUCGCGAUCCGAUGAGCUCACCAGACAUAUCAGAAUCCACACCGGCCAGAAACCGUUCCAGUGUCGUAUCUGCAUGAGAUCCUUCAGCCGGUCAGAUCACCUUACGACCCACAUUCGAACCCACACCGGCGAGAAACCUUUCUCCUGCGACAUCUGCGGUAGAAAGUUCGCCCGAUCCGAUGAGAAGAAACGUCACGCCAAGGUGCACCUCAAGCAGCGGAUAAAGAAGGAGAAAAAUAGCAGUAGCAGUAGCGGCAACAGCAUAAAUAACGCUGCCAGUAGCAGUAGCCAUCAUCACCACCAGCAGCAGCAACAACAUCACCACGUAUCCGCUGCCCAACAACACCACCACCAUCAUCAUUCAGCAAGCCUUCACUCGCAUCACCUCUUGCAUGAUGAUAUCAGUGGUAUUCCAAUUGUAUCCUCAUCCAGCACGGCUAGUUUGUAGACCGAACUACCGUCGAUCGACGUUAUGCGUUUGAAUGACCCUCAGAUUGAGCUGGUCCAUGACGACCCCUUCAUGGGUUACAUCGAGACUGCUCGAGCAGGCACGUCUGGUACUUCCCAUGCUACACCAACCCGCUCUGCUUCCCUGUUGGACAUCGAGACGGAGGAGGAUGUCGAUGCGGCCGCUCCACCUGCUGCCGCCGCCAUCGACGACGACGACGACGACGAAGAUGUGGACGUUGGAGAGAACAGUCGACCACCAAUUCCCGAGCAACCACGAAGUCCCAAGGAACCCACUGGAAACCCAGACGGUAGUGGUGCUAGUGUUAGGAAUGAUAGCGGUAACAAUAGCAGUGCAGAAGCUGGUACCGAUCCAUCGAUUGUGAUCGUUCUAUUGGUUGAGUAAACGCAUUCAUGCACGCAUACAGCAAAACACAAUCCACAAUCACAACAAGGUGCCAAAACAACUCAUUCAAAGCGCAAAACAUCGCUCGGCGAACGCACUGAGGGGUGAACAAAACACAAGGUAAACACACAUCCAAGCAAAUCUCAUUCAAAAUCGACAAAGAACAAAACAAAAGACUCCACAUAUAUUCGUAUCAUUUAUACGUCACACUUGUUCUUACUUCAAUUUGACGUCUCGCACGAUCACAAACACCCACACCGCACCGAUGUAGAUGUACCGCUCCCAGAAAUGAAUCAAUGAAUCACUGAAUCGCAAUGAAUCGCACUUACGACACUUGAAAAAUUUUACUCUCGUACACACAUAGUCACACAUAUAUUUUUUUUUUGAUGUUCAAUGGAGAAGAAACUCAAUCAGUGCUAGAAUAUUCUCGAGAGUUUGUGUGUGUGUGUGUGUUACCCUAAUUUUGAUUAACAUGUUUUCUUCGUACCCCUACAACAAGCUUCUCUUCCAAAUUAUGCCGUACUCUCGAACUUCAAUGGAGAGCCACGGCGGGAGGCAAAUGAAAUGACACAAGAAGAAAAAAAAAUCAGACGCAAAACCAUGGAACUAGAAUGAAAAGAUUGUUCUUUACUACAAUUUUAUCUCUAAAUACUGUGAUCUCAAUUUAUAAGUAAAAGAGAACGAAAAAAAUAGACUUUUUAAAAAAUUAUAAAAAAAAUUAAAUUAGUCGUACUGUAAAAAUGGAGGAGGAGGAGAAAAGUGUGAAUUUAUGGUGUUGAAUUGACUUCAUGAAUACUAUUUAUUACUGAAGGUAUAGAGACCGUUUUCUGAAAACACCCGCGGCGGAAGCUAUUGUGAGAAAAAAAAAACACAAAAUCCGUACUAAAACUUCAAACGUAUAUGCUAGAAUUACACGAAACAAAACUUAAUUUAAGUGAGUAACUUUGUGAUUUGUCUUUAAUGCACAAGUGUAACACUGGGAUGAAGGAACGCAGGAGAGAAUAUAACGAGAUCCGCUAAAAGCUGACGAAGAAUGAAAGAACAAAACGAACGGAAACAGUGUAACGAUGUUUCUUAUUACAAAAUGUUAAUUACACUAAAUCAUACUAAAAUAUAUUACUGAAAAAGUAAAAAAACAAAACUGUAGUUAGGAGAUUAUUUUGGUAAGAUAAACAAAUAUUGAACGUAUAUCUUAACAACAGGAGAAAAAAACCGCUGAAGAGAAUGACGAUCCCGAAAGACGUUAUUUUUCGAAAAGCUUAAAUUUAGCUCAUUCUCUGUACAGUCCCGAGCUGAGCAUAACACACGUAAAAGAAUGCGCUGCCAUAUUAAGAUAACUAUAAGUUGCUUCCAAAACCGCAUUUUUUUUGUUGUAUAUUUAUGUUUCUGUUUUGUACAUUUCAAAAUAAAACAAUCCCGCUAUUCUGCUAGUGCCAUUAUCGAAUUCUUCAGUGAACAAUUCGUGUCACUUUGAGUCUUGAUUUGCUUGCCAUAACCUUUGAGAUUCCACCGAUUUGAGAGCGACUUGCGCGAGUGCGCGAGAAAACAACUAAAAUUUAAGUUUCAGUGCUAGUCUGAUUGCUUUUAGGUUAAGAACAGGAAGUAAAAAAACACUAAACCCAGCCAAUUAAUGAACAAACUUUCAACAGAUAAAACAACUGGUUGAUAACCAAAACGCUACAAUUGGUGUGCGCAGCAGAAAUUGAAAUACACGAAUUUGAAGCAAGAAAAAACAAGAAAAUCAAAGACACAAAAGAUCACACUUACCAUUUGCGAGAAUAAAUUGUUACAAUACAACGUACUAGAAACGAAAACUUUCUUUCGAAAUAACACAGUAAGGAACGAAAAGGCUUUAAUUAAUUAACAAUAGCUGUUAAGAACAUGUUGAGAGUAAUUUUGACAAGAAAAAAAAAGUUAUUAAAAAUAAUAUUUUUGCCAAAUAACACGCAUUUUGUUAUUUUUAUUGCAUCUUUUUGUUCCAAGUUUAGUUUGUUUUUUUUCUCUAGCCUCGACUCCUUCCAGUUUUUUUAUGCUGUAUUUAUUUUCUACUUUUAUCAUAGCGAAUAAUUUGCCUACUUUUAAGUAACGUUUUUUGUCUAAUAAAAAAUAAAGUAUACAUUCCACAGAUAACUUUAGGUUGUAUUACUUCAUUUCUCCCUUUCGCGACUUUUUUUUUGUUUCUCUACAAUCUUUGGUUUUUGCUCGUUUCCACAAUCCACGUACAAAAACUGCUGAGCCGUAGCAGCAGCGGGAUCGCAAAUGGUGUACACGCACACACUUUCAUCCGCAAUAUUUUUUGUUUUGUUUUGCUCGUAGAUGACCAAGGGUAUUGCACGAAAAAUGGCGUGGAUGAUAAAUAAACUAUCGAUCCACUCAUCAUAAUCGGAUGUCAAGAAUGUGAAAUACUCAAACAAAAACUGCCGAACAAAAUGAACGUGAAUUGUCAAACAAUUCCAACAAAGCAAGAUGGUUGAAUACUAUAUGAAGCAAAAUAUUCACAACCAAGAUUUUCGAAUUCGUGGGAUCAAAAUUUGCCGAACGAGGGAUUAGUUAUUUCACGACAAAAGUCCAAUUGGAGCGCAAGAUAAACAUAAAUAGGUGGGUGAAUGUACUCAGUAAGUGGACGAAAGGAGAGGGGCAUGUAAAUAAUAUGGAAAAGCCAGAGAAAACUGUUUACAUGAAGCAAAAUUUUCCACGGUUUUGUUCAUAGAUGUUCUACUUUGCAAUAAUGAGGGACUACGAAACAUUGUGAAGGAAGAAAUAUUUCAAGUACUUUACCUGGAACUAUUCUCAAGGUAAAGCCAACGCUAAUUCCUAAUUAUUCUUAACAAACAAUUAACUAAUAUACUUUUAGGUGACUGCAAAGUGUUUUCUAUAAGUUAUCCCACAUGUAAUAUGCACCUUGAUAUUCAGCUGAUGUGUAUUUGACAUGUUGGGAACUUGAUGGGAUCGCUUUGCGACCAUUUCUAAGUCAGUUAAAAUUAGUUUGUGAAUAAAAUGUUCUAGGCGGAACAUAUAUUUCUAUGUAAAUUAUUCUUUUUUCUUAAAAUAAAAUACCCCUUAAGCUAAUAAAAAAAAUACACAACUUCCAUUCGCUUUAGUGAAUAUCAAGACAAAAAUGUUGUAGAAUCCCCCUCCUUCUUUUUAUAUACUAUUGACGCAUAUCUCGCUCCUCGCAUACUUAUUGAUUAUAUUGCCUUUUAAACCAGUAUGAAUAUCUGGUUCAGUCAUUUUCAAAAGUUUAAUUGUCAGUUUGUAAUCAUUUUUAAAUAUUGAUGUUCGGUUACCAUGACGACAAGAGUUAUAUAUUGUUAGAUUUGUUAACGAAUUCAUUGUCGAACUCCACUUCUUGCCAUAUUUAGAGCUCUUUUCAUCAUUAUGUAUCCAAUAUUGAUCUUCGUUCUGAUAUUGAAUUAUGGGUAUUUUCUCGCAUUCACCAUUCGGAUGCGAUCACCAUUAUACUGGAGACUCAAGGGAUUCUCGAAUAAAAAUCGAAUUAAUUAUAACUUCUACUGUUCCGUGAGAAUUUAUGUCUUAACACAUUAAGGACCGCACGUUUUGGGGCAAACUUGAACGGUUCAUUUGUUCGGAUUCCACGAAUGAGAUCGUUUCCUUCAAUGUAGAUGAGACGAAGGCGAGCCAUCGGUAGGCCUUGUUGAAAUCUUGGCAAACCAAGGACUUAACCUUCAAGUGUAGAAAACACGGGUUAUCUCGUGAUCCAUCCGUAACAGACAGAACGCGGAACACGAGAAAUCUCGUGAGCGGUCCGCAAUGUGUUAAACACAGCAAAAGUUUGCUCUUCGCAUUGGAAAAUAAUCCGAUGACAGACGUUGUGCCAAAACUAGUGCAAUACCCACCAUCGAAGCAUAUGUUUAGAACUCAUGAACACACCACAUAACAACAGAGAAUUGACAUUGUGCUUUAUUCGGCUGACGAUGCUUGGGGAUUUCCGCUCCAAGCCUAGGAUAACGAAAGAUACUAAGGACUUCAGCUCAUUGAGCGCUCAUAUUUUUUUCGAGGCUUCCCCCGUUUUCGGUACAAUGCCUGGGGACAAGCUCUCCUAGAUAGUAAAUAUAUAGGACAAAACCAAAAUUAUGCAAAACGGACACAAUCGAGUAGAGAUCGGCGGUAUGAAUUUACAGGUUGAUAUGGCCUUAACGUUUAAGAUUUAGCAGCGACACAUAGAAAAGCUCAUCAGCCAAACAACAGUUAAAUUAAAUCACACAAUCCGAGUUCAUGGGCAAAUGAAGGAAAGAGAGUUGCGCUAAAAUGAGUGCCCUUGUAGUCGACAAGAUAAAAACACAAACCUGCAAAAAAAACAAAAAUAGACACAAAAUGUAUACAAUUAAUCCUCCUAGAGGACAUUUUAAUUUUUGGCAAAUCAUGCUUCAUUAAUACUAGUUAUUGUGGGUACUUCAUGCAUACAGGCCCGUUUUUGUAGAAUCGGAAAUCGUGAAUUUUCGACCGAUUUUUUUUCUUAAUUCUAACUCCAAACAGCACACAAAACAAAAUCGUUGCAACGUAAGGCCUUAUGCAUCAAAUGCUCACGCUCUGAGAAAUUUUUGGCCUGAAAAGCGACGCAUAAUCGUAUCAAGAAGACAAAAAAAAAUUAAGGCCAGGACAAGCGCAUUCGGUCAGUUGAAUCACUCGACGAGCGUCCGCAGACGAGAGGAUAUAUUUUGAUCACGAUGAAAUAUUGUUAAAACAUUCAUCUAUUACACUAGAUAGAUCCAAUUUUACCACUGAUCCAGAGAUGCAGAGAACAGGAAAACAAUAAAGUACAUUUUUAAUAGAUAGAAUCAACAUAUAGAACAUAAAAUUGAUAAAAAAAGAAUCAUCGGAAAAUAAGUGUGAAUAUCCAUCUGUAACGCGUGACUCGUUGUAGAUACUUUCAGUUAAUCAUUUUAUCAAAACAUCGAUCACCUUUAGUGGAUCAUCCAUCACAUGAGACAGCAGUACAAACUUAACCCAGAAAGUAACACAAAAGCGCAUACAAAUGUCAGAGAAUAUCAGAGCGGCGAGUUCGCACAACCCCUCUUGGUGAGGGAUUCUGAUCUAGAAACCAUACUAAUAUACCCGAUUUGGCCAUUUAGAACCCUUAAGAAAUCACUUGAAAAGAGAUUAUUUUUGGAAAUUAUUUGUGAUUUUGAUAUUACGAACCAUUGGGGCGAUUACCAAUAAAAAAAACAAAUAAACAUAAUUAGAUGUAUCUUCUAUUUAUACACAUUUCAAGGUAAAGCAAAACAAAAGUUCGUUUGACGAAUUAAAAAAAAGCCUAUCGUUAAGAAAUCUGGAAACGACAAGAACCACUCACCGUGUCGCCGUGGUAGAGGCAUAAGGGAGUUAAAGCAGGAUUAAGAUGAAAAAAAGUGGAAGCGGCGUGAGCUGAUACUAUGGAUCACGCGAAAGCUUUCACUCAUACGAAAUGAUACAAUACGCAGUGUAAUCGUUAAGAUUUAAAUAAUUGAAAAUCUGGUUGUAAAACUAUCUCUCUGAUAAUUGCACUCUAGAAUUAGAAGAUUUUUAGGUUUUUUUUAUUGUUUCUUUGUACCGAAACAGUUUACAUAUGAAACAUGCUGAUACUAUGAGAAAAUAAA